GCCAGGCGAGAUCUGCCAGUAGAGACCCGGUCCAGCCACCGGACAAAGGGUUGAGGAGGGGCUGGACGAAGCACUGGAGUCCGAUUGAGGUCAUUGAGCGACUCUGGUCAGACCAAGGGGAAUGCAGAGGAGACACGGAGUCGGCGGGCCAAGAGGACGAUCCGGCCGCAGCACUCAGGGCAGGCGGCGAUGGGGGCUGCCCGCGCCGUGCGCUUUCUGCUCCUGCUGGGCGGCUGCCUCACGCUCCCGCCUCCCGCCGAGCCCGUGUGCCCCGAGCGCUGCGACUGCCAGCACCCCCAGCACCUCCUGUGCACCAACAGGGGACUCCGCGCCGUGCCCAAGACUAGCUCGCUGCCGAGCCCCCAGGAGGUGCUCACCUAUAGCCUGGGCGGCAACUUUAUAACCAACAUCACGGCCUUUGACUUCCACCGCCUGGGACAGCUUCGACGGCUGGACCUGCAGUACAAUCAGAUCCGCUCUUUACACCCCAAGACUUUUGAGAAGCUUUCGCGGCUGGAGGAGCUCUACCUGGGGAACAACCUCCUGCAGGUGCUCGCUCCGGGCACGCUGGCCCCGCUGCACAAGCUGCGCAUCCUCUAUGCAAAUGGGAACGAGAUAGGUCGUCUAAAUCGCGGUUCCUUUGAGGGCUUGGAAAGUCUAGUCAAGCUGAGGCUGGACGGGAACGCCCUGGGGGCGCUACCUGACGCUGUCUUCGCCCCUCUAGGCAACCUGCUUUACUUACACCUAGAAUCCAACCGGAUUCGCUUUCUGGGCAAGAACGCCUUUGCCCAUCUGGGCAAACUGCGCUUCCUCAACCUCUCUGCCAAUGAGCUACAGCCCUCACUGCGCCAUGCAGCCACCUUCGCACCCCUGCGCUCGCUCUCCACCCUCAUCCUGUCCUCCAACAGCCUACAGCACCUCGGCCCACGUGUCUUCCAGCACCUGCCCCGCCUCGGCCUGCUGUCUCUCAGGGGCAACCAGCUCUCGCAUCUAGCCCCUGAGACCUUUUGGGGUCUGGAAGCCCUGCGCGAGCUGAACCUAGAGGGCAACCGGCUGAAUGAGCUGCCGGCGGCACUGUUGGAGCCGCUGCACAGCUUGGAGGCUCUGGACCUGAGCAGCAACGAGCUGUCCGCCCUGCACCCCGCUACCUUCGGCCACCUGGGCCGCCUGCGCGAGCUCAGCCUGCGUGACAACGCGCUCAGCGCCCUCUCCGGGGAGAUCUUCGCCGCCAGCCCGGCCCUCUACCGGCUGGAUCUAGACGGCAAUGGCUGGACCUGCGACUGCCGGCUGCGUGGACUGAAGCGCUGGAUGGGAAACUGGCACUCGCAGGGCCGGCUCCUCACCGUCUUCGUGCAGUGUCGCCACCCUCCGGCCCUUCGGGGCAAGUACCUGGAUUACCUGGACGACCAGCAGCUACAAAACGGAUCUUGCAAGGAUGCCUCUCCCUCCGUUUCCCCCACCGGCGACCAUAGGCGGGCCCUACCCACAGCAGCAGGGGAGGAGAUGGAGCCCCCAGCAGCCAGCCUCGCCCAGGAAUUGCCGCUCCAGGGGCAGUUACAACCACCAGAGAAGGGGCGCAUUCUGCCUGGGGUGACCUGGGAUGGGACCAUCAGGGAGCUCAUCAGCAACCGCAGUGUACUGAGGUUGAGCCGACGGGGCCCCGGCUUCCUACAGCCAGGUCUCUCCGCCACCGCUGCUACAGGCCCGGUGCCACAGCUGCUAGACGACAGGGGGCGCCCGGUCCCUGCUCUCGCGGAGCCCACCCCGACGACGGCGUCUGGAUCCGCUUCUCCUCCAGCCAGCGACCCCUGGCAGCGCGCGGCGAAGCAGAGCCUGACCGCAGAGGAGCAGGAGCACGUCGCCCAGUCCUAUGGCAGGGUCGGCCUGCCCCCGCUGGUGUCCGACCCUUGCGACUUCAACAAGUUCAUCCUGUGCAACCUGACGGUGGAGGCGGUGGGCGCGCACAGUGCCUCGGUGCGCUGGGCGGUGCGCGAGCACCGCAGCCCCCGGCCGCUGGGAGGCGCGCGCUUCCGCCUGCUCUUCGACCGCUUUGGCCAACAGCCCAAGUUCCACCGCUUCGUCUACCUGCCUGAGCGCAGCGACUCGGCCACGCUGCGGGAACUGCGCGGGGACACGCCGUACCUCGUGUGCGUGGAGGGUGUCCUCGGGGGCCGGGUCUGUCCUGUCGCUCCUCGGGACCACUGCGCCGGGCUGGUCACGCUGCCGGAACCAGGGAGCCAGGGCAGUGUAGACUAUCAGCUGCUGACCUUGGUCUUGCUGGCCGUCAAUGCGCUGCUCGUGCUCUUGGCUUUGGCAGCCUGGGCAUUUCGCUGGCUGCGGAGGAAGCUGCGGGCCAGGCGGAAAGGCGGGGCCCCGGUGCACGUCCGCCACAUGUACUCCACCCGACGGCCCCUGCGCUCCAUGGGCACCGGUGUGUCUGCAGACUUCACAGGAUUCCAGUCGCACCGGCCACGCACCACCGUGUGCGCGCUCAGCGAGGCGGACCUCAUCGAGUUCCCCUGUGACCGCUUCAUGGACAGCACGGGCGGUGGCACAGGUGGCAGCCUGAGACGAGAGGACCAUCUUCUGCAGCGCUUUGCAGAUUAG